CUGCAAACAGGCAACAACAUCUCCUCUGAUUCCAGCUGAAAUCCCCAAACAUUGCUUAAAUGACUAGCCAGGUGAUCUCAACUGACAACGGUACAAUUCUUAUCCGAAUAAACCCACAGAUAGGUCAAGACGAUGCUGAAAAACAGGAUGAGAGAGCAUCUUAUCACAAUACGCUUCUUAAGGGGUUUCUUAAAGUACAACCAAAGACAUUGGGGACUGUCCAGAUAAUGAUUGGUGUGGUGUUUUUUUUUUUUGGUUUUGGGAUCACCUACAAAAGAUAUGACGGGCACAAAAUGUUGACUAACAGUGGCAUAGCCCGCUGGGCAUCCCUCAUUUACAUCACUGCUGGUUCUCUGUCUGUUGGUGCGGAAAAUAAACUCCAUCCCUAUUUGGUGAAAGCUUCGCUUGGAUUGAACGUAUGCAGUGCCGUAACUGCAGGGAUAGCCAUUAUUAUAUCGGCUGCAGAUUUAGGAUUAGACUGCCCUUGGCUUCGUUGUCCCUUUUCAGAUACUGAGUGGGCCACUGGAGCAGUACUGGUGUUCUCCAUCCUUCAGUUAAUCAUCUCUGUCUGCAUCUCAGCUUUUGCCUGCAAAACCACCUGCUGCACUACAGUGGUCAAUGUUUCAUUAAACCAGUCCCUCGUAAGGAGUUCUGAUUGUGUAGCUGAUCCAGCUGAUUGUGUAGCUGAUCCAGCUGAUUGUGUAGCUGAUCCAGCUGAUUGUGUAGCUGAUUGUGUAGCUGAUCCAGCUGAUUGUGAUUCGACAGCAGUUUAGCUUUGCUGGCGACUGGCGUAUUCCUGUGGGCGGAGAACAUCUAAAUUUACGAGACUCCAUCAACUCAACAUCUGAGUCCUCGGUUUGAAAGAAGACCAACAAAAAGAAGCCCAGCAGCAAAAACAACAAAACAUUUGCAAC